UACUCGAAUAACGCAUUGGAGAAUUUAAUUCUUUGCUUUGUUUAAUAAAACUAAGUUACCACAUUUACUUGUAAUUUUGUAAUACAAAUUUCACAAAAAACCAAGAAAUACACGCACCGGAGCUGUGAUUAAAUUUUGUCAAAAGCGGAAGGAAAUCUAAAGGGAAGGAAAUAAUACAGUGGUUACACUUUAAUUAAUAUUGCUACCGGCCGUUGUAUGCGCGUUUUAAGCCGCCACUGGAUAGUAAACGGCGUCAAAUUAAUUUUCAACGGCACCAUAUGUUCAUUUCUUAUUCACGCUGGCAAUGCGCUCGUCCAAAACAACGACAAAAGGAAACUUUCUUGCAAAGUGCCUUAAUUUUACAAAUAAUCGUAUUGGAAACUAAUUAAUAUGAUAAAAACUUUGUUAAUUCCAUUGUAGUGAUAGCAAUAGAAACAAACGUGUGUAUAAUAUUGAAUUGUGUGGUUGGGCGAAUCUAAAAUAUGGCACUGCUAUGAAACUUGCUAAAGUACAGGCAGUAUACGCAAAAACAAAAACAAAAAAAGAAAACUCUACAAGCAACAGGAAGUUCCUUGAACAAAAAUAUACAAAUAGGGCCAACAAGUGAUUAUUGACCAGUAAACAAACAAAAACUACUUUUUCGGCGAUCACUUACCUUCAUCGAUACAUAUUGAAUAGCAAAGCCACCAUGUUGAAUUGUUUCAGCGCAAUGAGUGUGCCCACAUUGGGAGAGAUGGAGCAAACCAUUUGUAUGCUUGAACGUGGCACCAUAAUCACCAAGCUCUAUUCUAAGCAUCGCCCAGAACAGCGUCGUCUGAUGUUGGUGCGGGAAACUCGUCAGCUUCUAUGGUCUUCAGUUAUGGCGGAUACACGUACCGAUUAUGAAGGAUCGCUGGAAUUGCGUGAAAUACGAGAGAUACGAGUUGGAAAGUGCUCGAAAGAAUUUCGCAAUUGUGCUGAAGAUUCGAAACGCUUCGAGCCGGCCAAGUGCUUUGUCGUGCUACAUGGCAGUGCAUUUAAACUAAAGACCUUCUCAGUUGUAGCACUAUCGGAACAAGAGGCAGACAAUUGGGUACGCGGUCUUCGCUACAUGGUGCAGGACACCGUGACUGCACCCUAUCCACUGCAAGUAGAACGUUGGCUUCGUCGUGAAUAUUAUGCUAUUGAAAACUCAAGCAUGCAGUCUUCCAAAGAUGGUGGUCAGGUAACAGUUAAAGAUUUUAAAACGUUUUUGGCGAGUAUUAGCUGCAAAAUGACCACCAGCAAGCUGAUGGAAUGUUUCUCUGAAGAUGAUGUUAGGCGUAAAAAUGACUUACGCUUUGAUGAUUUUUCCAGAUUGUACCGAAAGUUAUUGUUGCCACAUAACUUUCUGGAAGAAAUCUUUUAUAGCACACCUGGCACAUUUCCAUACUCGAAAAAUGGCGAAGCAGUAACACUACGUGAAUUCCAAAAUUUUUUGAUACAGGAGCAACAUGAGAUUAUGGGACGCGAUGAUGCAUCCGUUUCAAACUUCAUACGUGACUUCUUGCAAGACGUUGAACGCGAUGUGCAAGAGCCUUAUUUCACACCGAGUGAAUUUCUUGAUUAUCUCUUCUCUAAACACAACGAUCUCUGGGAUCGGAACUGUGAUCGUAUUUACAUGGACAUGAAACAACCUAUAUCUGCCUACUGGAUAGCGUCGUCGCACAACACUUAUCUCACAGGCGACCAGUUUUCCAGUGAAUCGUCAUGUGAAGCAUAUGCGCGAGCUUUGCGCAUGGGUUGUCGUUGUAUAGAGCUAGACUGCUGGAAUGGGGCCGAUAAUCUGCCUUAUAUUUUUCACGGCCACACGAUGACUUCAAAAAUUAAAUUUAAAGAUGUGAUCAAAACGAUAAAAGAACACGCGUUUGUAACAUCCGAGUAUCCAGUGAUUUUAUCAAUUGAGCAGAACUGUUCAUUGGAGCAGCAGCGUAACAUGGCGCAGGCGUUAAUUGAGGUCUUCGGUGACAUGCUGCUGACCCAGCGUUGUGAUCGCGCCGAAGUACAACUUCCAUCGCCACAUCAACUGCGUCGCAAAAUUAUACUUAAACAUAAAAAACUGCCCGAAUAUGAAGACGGUUGCCCUGGUGGGCCGAGUAUAGUAGGUGGUGGCUCUGGUAUCUCGUCGAACAGUGGAAGUAGAUCGUCCAUCAGCGGUGGUACUGGUGAUGAUAAUGAAAACGUUCGCAAUUUCCUUAAAGAGGGAAUGUUAUACUUCAAGGAUCCGGUGGACAAGGCUUGGAACCUGUAUCAUUUCGUAUUAACACAGCAGCAAUUAAUUUAUUCUUCGCACACUGAUGAAAACAAUGUUGGAAGCGCUGAUGACGAGGACAACGCUAUGUCCCAGGGUUCAUCAUUAGCAUUAAUGCCCAAAUCAAAGGAUAAUUUUGUCAAUGAUGAGCUGCACUUUGGUGAAAAUUGGUUCCAUGGAAAAUUGGAAGGUGGUCGUCAAGAGGCUGAUCAACUCUUGGAGGCUUAUAAGCAUCUUGGUGAUGGCACAUUUUUAGUGCGCGAGUCUGCCACGUUUGUGGGUGAUUAUAGUUUGUCAUUUUGGCGUCGCAAUCGCCCUAAUCACUGUCGCAUUAAGCUGAAACAUGAGAAUGGCGCCACCAAAUACUAUCUAGUCGAUAAUUUUGUCUUCGAUUCGCUGUACUCACUUAUUGUGUACUAUCGUAAAAACAUGCUACGCAGCUCAGAGUUCUCGAUCACGCUGAAGGAGCCAGUGCCGCAACCCAAAAAGCAUGAAACACAGGAAUGGUUUCAUCCAAAUACAACCAAAGAACAGGCAGAGCAAGUGCUCAUCAAACUCGAUGUGGGUUCAUUCCUUGUGCGUCCUUCGGUACAAAGUACUAAUGCAUUUGUCAUAUCAUUCAGAAUAAAUCGCAAAAUCAAGCAUUGUCGCAUCAUGCAGGAGGGUCGCCUCUAUGUUGUGGACACCAUACAAUUUGAAUCUCUUGUAUCGCUAGUCAAUUAUUACAUGAGAAACCCGCUUUAUCGAAAUGUUAAACUGAUGUACCCGGUGUCUCAAGAAUUACUGCGUCAAAAGCUCUUGGCCUGUCAGACAUCAAUGGAGCAUCAUAAUGGCGGCGACUUCAAUGAUGCAUCCAGCUAUAUGGAUCCUAGUUUGGAUGAUCGUGUGACAUGUAAAGCGCUUUAUAGUUACAAAGCUAAUAAACCGGACGAAUUGUCAUUUCCAAAGCAUGCGAUUAUCACAAAUGUGCAAAGAAAUACGUCAAUGUGGUGGCGCGGCGAUUAUGGUGGCAUGGUGCAGCGUCACUUUCCGGCAAAUUAUGUUAAGGUGAUAGACUCUGCCGGCGAUGAUUACAAUUCGUUUAGCGACGAAAAUAACAGCGAAAAUGUCUCACGCACCGAUUCCAUUGACAUACAUGGCGCCAUUGUACACUUGUCUGAAUCAAAUGAGCCCGGCAUUUUGUUCCAGUUGCAAAUUCAGACACCCACCAUGCAAAAUUCAUUUAUCAUAGGGUUUGAUAAUCAAGAGUUGGCUUACGAUUGGAUCAAAGCCAUACAGGAGGGCGCGCAAAUCGCCAAUCAACUGGCGACAGAACGUCGUAAGAAAGAACGUUCUGCACGUGUAGCCAAGGAGAUGUCCGAUUUGAUCAUAUACUUCCGCAGUGUGCCAUUCCGUGAACAUUCCUGGGUAUUCUACGAAAUGUCCAGCUUCCCAGAAACCAAAGCCGAGAAACAGUUCCUGCAGCAAAACUGUAUGCUCUUUCUACAAUAUCACCGCAACCAAAUCAGUCGCGUUUAUCCAAAGGGUCAACGUUUAGAUUCAUCUAAUUUCAAUCCGGUACCAUUUUGGAAUGUGGGCUCACAAAUGAUUGCACUCAACUACCAAACCGGUGACAAAGCCAUGCAACUGAAUCAAGCGAAAUUUCGAGACAAUGGUAAUUGUGGUUAUUUGCUAAAGCCAAAAUUUAUGCAAGUCGAUGGCUUUGAUCCGAAUAACCCACUAGCCAUCAGCGCAUUGGAGGAGCGAUUCAUAACGAUACGUAUCAUUGCCGGAAGGCAUUUGUUCCGCGGCGGCAGAUCAAAUAAUCCUUUAGUUACGGUGGAAAUAUGCGGCGCUAGUUUUGAUACGGGCACUAAGCAUCGUACUAAAGUAAGCGAGAAUGGCUUCAACCCAGUGUGGAAUGAAAGCUGUGAGUUCACCGUUCGCAAUCCACAUUUCGCGCUGCUACGUUUCGAAGUACAGGACGAAGAUAUGUUUGCAGAGACGCAUUUCAUUGCAGAGGCAUGUUAUCCAUUGAAUUGCAUUCGAACGGGUUAUCGCAGCGUCACGCUGCGCAAUAAAUUUAGCGAGGAGCUGGAGUUGGCAUCGCUGCUAGUGCAUGUUGACGUGAAACAUGCGCCCACGAGUGCGGCUAAUGAGCACACCGUUGUGGUGGGAUUCUAAAGAA